GAGAGCAGCCGGAUCUGGGUGCCGCAUCCGGCCCAACACUGCCCUGCCGCCCCUCCGCGCGGAGGGCGAUGGGGCAGCUCGUGGGCAGGACGCUCCAUCCGCCCGCCCGCGGGGGGGGUAGGGUAUGCGGGGAGCAGCAACUUCCUCUUUCCGUGGGCUCGCCGGUGGCGGCAGGCUGAGGGGAGCCGAGGGGGAGCCCCCUCUCACCGGCCGCGCUGUGGUGUGUGUCACCAUGAGCUGCCCUGGCAGGGCCAGCAGCGCCUUCCCCCUGCACGUCCUGGUUUGGAAUAAUGACUACAGGCGGCUGGAUGAGGAGCUGCGGGACCAGGAUGUCGACCAACGGGAUCCCCGAGGCCGGACCUUGUUGCAUCUCGCUGUUUCCUUGGGUUAUAUCGAAUCUGCCAAAGUCCUUCUUCAACACAAGGCAGACGUAACUAAAGAGAACGCGCAGGGAUGGACAGUUUUACAUGAGGCUGUGAGUACAGGAGAUCCGGAGAUGGUACAAAUGAUUCUGCAGCAUCGGGACUACCAGCAGACCUCCAUGACACUCGGAGGAGUUCCUGAAUUACUCCAAAAGAUCAACGAGACUCCUGACUUUUAUGUGGAAAUGAAAUGGGAGUUCACUAGCUGGGUCCCACUCGUUUCUAGAGUUUGCCCAAGCGAUGUCUGCCGCAUCUGGAAAAGCGGCGCCAAGCUGCGUGUGGAUCUCACUUUACUGGGCUUUGAAAAUAUGAGCUGGGAGAGAGGAAGGCGUAGCUUAAUUUUCAAGGGAGAAGAUACUGGAGGCUGGGCAGAACUGAUUGAGAUCAAUCACGAUGAUAAGUUUGUUACCACGGAGCGUUUUGAGAUUUCCCAGCACAUGCAGCGCUUGACGUUGGGAUCUAUGACACCGAAAAGAAAAGAUGUGGAAAGACGCCUUACAUCUCCAAUUAUUAAUACGUGCCUUGAUACAAAAAAUAUUGCUUUUGAAAGAACCACGUCUGGAUUCUGGGUCUGGAGGACAGAAAAAGCAGAAGGCGUAAAUGGCUAUGAAGCAAAGGUAUACAUUGCGAACAAUGUGAAUGUGGUCACAAGAAUCCGAACGGAACAUCUAACAGAAGAGGAGAAGAAAAGAUAUAAAGCUGACAGGAAUCCCCUGGAAUCAUUUCUUGGUACAGUGGAGCAUGAAUACGGUGCUCAGGGUACGACCAAGACAACAGAGUAUGCUGCAAGUAACAAUCCUACUGCUAUUACUCUGGAGGAAUAUUUUGACCCAGAGUUUGAUUUGAAAGGUAGAGACAUAGGAAGACCGAAAGAAGUCACCAUUCGAACACAGAAAUUUAAAGCAACCUUGUGGAUGAGUGAAGAGUUUCCCUUGUCUCUCGUGGAACAAGUCACUCCAAUCAUCGAUCUGAUGGCCAGAACCAGUGCUCAUUUCGCCAGACUUAGGGAUUUCAUCACUCUGGAAUUUCCACCAGGAUUUCCUGUCAAAAUUGAAAUUCCCUUAUUUCACGUGCUGAAUGCCCGAAUUACAUUUGAAAAUGUUAAUGGCUGCAGGACAGCUGAAAAAACAACAUCACAAAUGGGUGGAGGUGCGCAGUGUGAUUCAGGAGCUAAUUUUGAGGUUGACCAGUCAGUGUUUGAGAUCCCCAAAUCUUACCACGUCCAAGAUGACGGCAGGAACAUACACGUGCUGGAUGAAGAUAACGAGAUCAUGCAGUUUGCUAUUCAGCAGAGUUUGUUGGAAUCCGGUGGCAAUCCAGAAGUGGGAGUGCAUUCCAAUGGAGCAGUUGCAUAUUCACAGGACUUCAAUAUACAGUAUCAGAGAGCGCUGCAGGAGAGCUACCUGACGAGCUCGGGUAACUCACACUGCGGCAGCCCCAGUGAACCUUCCAGCUUUGAAAAAGACCUACAGCUCGCCAUGGAGUUGUCUGUCCGAGAGCAGGAGGAACGGGAGAAGCAACGUCGCGAAGAAGAAGAUGCAGAGCUCCAGCAAGUUCUACAGCUUUCUCUUGUGGAAAAAUAACUCUGUAGCGAUCUCCUGAAAUAAGGAUGACCAAAUCUGCCUAAAACUGAAGGCUUUCAGAGCUAUCAGUCUGAAGACCACUCCUGGGUUGCUUAAGUAAACAUUCCACCUGCCUUCUUAGUUGGCGUCAUCAGCUACAAAAAGCUGAUUUGUUUUUGUUUGAGGGAGCUGCAGAUCACGGGACUCUGCAUUUGGCUCCCCAACCACGCGGCCUGAGCUUUGAAGGAAAAGUUUUGAUCUAAACGUAUUUAUUGAAGAGCAGAUGGAAAUUUUGCUUAGCAGCAGGAUAUAGGAUUGCACUAAAGCUUGAAAACCUGAUUUAUGGGAGAGUUCAGGAGGGAAACUUCAUUACUUACCAAAGAAAUACUCAUCUGCUUAGUAAUUUCUGAAUAAUUCAAAGCCAUUGUCUGUUGCAGUUGUUACAGGGAGGAGUAUCUCUAUGCACAUGCACACCUAGGGUAGUUCUUCAUGCUGACAGAUGUUUUCUGUUGGUUUUCCUCAUGUUAUUCUCUUGUCUCUAGUUACUGAGAUUUUAUCAUGUGCUCCUGCUUAAGAGGGAUAAUUUUAUACUUGAACAACUAAUCCAAGCUCAAGACUAAACCAGUGCUUUCUGAAAAAGGACAAAACAAGUAGCCAGUAAAAUUUUGGAUCCUAAAACUGGACCAUCUGUCUAGUAAGUAGCAGUUUCUGCAGUGAUUCAAAACCAGCUCGUUCCCGUAGUCAGAGGGCAGCAAGUAAAGAAGCGAUAGAUACAGGUGCUGCUUUGCGGUCGCUUGGCGUGUGUGCAUGAGUGCGUGCCUGCGUGUGGGUGCUAAAUUCAGGUGAAAUUUUAAUGUAUACUUAUUGGAAGAUUUAAUUCUGUCAUCUGAAAGGGAAACGUGUGUUGCUUUUUAAAAUUCAAAUGCUCAUCCUUCAUGUGGAUACAUAUAUUUUUUUAUCGGGAUAUUUUUAUUGAUUUUUAAAACAAGCCAAUAGGACUACACUCAUAAAAAUGGUAUUGUAACAAUUUGCGAGUAGUUUUUCACCAGCUUUCCUCAGGUCUCUCGUCAUAUGGUAUGUUUGUAGCUGUUUUAUCUGCACUUCUGUCAGUGUUUACAGCACUUCCACUGUGACUCUUAAGUGCACUCCACACAUACACACUAUACAUCCAUGGGAAAGCCUUAUGGUAGCUGAAUGGGAGAAAUAUUCCUCUGCUCUGGCUGGCAGAAGUGUGACAAACCUAUGGUACAUAUGGGCUGAUCUUGCUGCCUAAUCCUGCCCUGAUUCCUUGGGCAAAACUGGGCAGUUUUGUGCAACCAGCUGUUAACCAGUAUAAAGUCACUAUAAAUGGACUUGAUCAUAACCAGUGAGGCGUUUGGUAACUUAGAGCCCUCUUUUAAACCAAUAAUCCACUGUUUUACAUCGCAAAUGAUUAAAAUGCCUUCAGUGUACACUAGAACUGGUCUAUCUGCACCGUUUCUGUUUAACGAUACCGCUUGCAUCCCUACAUAGCUCGUUUGGUGUUUGCAGGAGCGUUGACUUCCCUGCGCAGCAGCAGCGUUCUGGGUUGGAGCUGUUGCUUUCUUUGAAACGGGGAUAACUGUGACUUUAGCAGUUGAAAAAAGGGUAUAAUCCUUGCCUUGAGCUCUUGACAAAGUUGUGAGGUAGGAGAUGAAACCAUGUUAUUUUUUCCUCCAGUGGAAAUAAAGCCUUUAUAAACCAUC